AUGGAACAUUUAAUACAAAAUAUUUUAAACAAAUGUUCGCCCAAAAAAAACACAAAAGCAAACACUAGCAAAGAAAACACUACCGAAAUUAAUAAUAAUGACAAUAAUUUAUCUUUCGAUACAAUAUCCGAUCGUGAAAAUGCCAAUAAAAAUAGUAAUUAUGACAGCUUAUCUUUAGAUUCAUUAGAAAUUUGGGAAGAAAUACCAUCAUUAAAUUCAGUUGAUUCAGAUAAUUCAGCAAGUUCAAGAGCAGGAUCUAUAUCCGAAAUUAAUAAUAAUGAUGACAACUUAUCUUUAGAUUCAUUAGAAAUUUGGGAAGAUAUACCAUCAUUAAAUUCAGAUAAUUCAGCAAGUUCAAGAGCAGGAUCUAUAUCCGAAAUUAAUAAUAAUGAUGACAGCUUACCAUUAUAUUUAAUAUCUGAUCGUGAAAAUUUUUCCGAAGAGCCUAAAAGUGAUACUGGUACUUGCUCAAGAACAUUAAAUUCAGAUAAUUCAAGAGCAGGAUCUAUAUCCGAUUGUGAAACCUUGUCUGAAGAACCUAAAAGUGAUACCCCUAAAUCUGGUACUUGCUCAAGAACAUCAUUAAAUUCAGAUAAUUCAAGAGCAGGAUCUAUAUCCGAUAGUGAUUCUUCUACGCUGAAUAGUAAUGUUGACCUUCGUAUUCUGCAAUUGGAAGAGAAAUUAGGAAAACAAUUAGAAAGGCAGAGUAAAAAAUUGAAAAAAUUGGAGGAAGAAUCGAAAAGAGAAAAUUCGAAAAUGCGAAUUCAGAAUGAACAAUUUAAAGGCCAACUAAAAAAAUUGGAGGAAGAAUCGGAAAGGGAAAUUUUGAAAAUGCGAAUUCAGAAUGAACAAUUUAAAGACCAACUAAAAAAAUUGGAGGAAGAAUCGGAAAGGGAAAAUUUGAAAAUGCGAAUUCAGAAUGAACAAUUAAAAGGCCAACUAAAAAAAUUGGAGGAGAUUUUAGUUUUAGCAAAAGCUUUACUAGAUAAUAUUACAACAACACUUUCAUUGAACAAUAAUCAAUCUAAAGAACCUAACAAUAAAGAGUAG